AUGGACGCCUCCUCCCUCCGCAUCUCCAAGUUCGAUGGAACUAACUUCCACGCCUGGAAGUUCAAGAUGCAGAUGGUGCUGGAGGAACGGGACCUAUGGGAGGUCGUCAGCGGUGAGAUCAAGGUGGAACAGUGCGAGACUCAGUUGGACCAAGCGACGUACAAGAGGAAGUCAAGAAAGGCGAUGGCAGUGAUCUGUCUAGCCAUGGAAGAUUCCCAGCUACCGUUGGUCCGGUCGGCAAGUGGUGCAUGCGACGCAUGGUCAAGGUUGGAAGACCACUUCGAGAAGAAGAGUCUUGCCAACAAGCUGUUCUUGCGCCGUCGCUUCUUCACGACAAUGAUGGAAGAAGGCGACGAUGUGCUCGAACACAUCAAUAAGCUCAAGACGCUGGCGGAACAGCUAGAAGCGGUGGGGGCUCCAGUCUGCGAGGACGAUCUGGUGAUCACACUUCUCGGCAGCCUGAGUGACUCGUAUCAAUUCUUGAUCACAGCUUUGGAGUCGCGCUCAGACACUCUUAGCUGGGAGCUCGUGACGUCUCGACUGCUUCAUGAAGAAAUGAAGCGGAACGAGCAAGGAAGUAAAGGUGAUGAAGCUUCGCAAGGUCAAGCGUUCAUCACAAGGGACAAUCAGCGCAAAGGGCGACCAGUGAAGAAGUCCUGGCCGUGCCACAAUUGCGGAAAGAUUGGUCACUGGAUGGCGGAGUGCCCCUCGCGCAUCCAAGAAAACACGGAGAGACACCGGCCACAGCGUGCUCAAGACAGCGGCGACCGCUAUCGAUCACAACGUGCAAACGUCGCUCAAGAAGAAGACUCGGGCGACUACCUCUUUUCGAUCGGUGAAACGACAUCUGCGAAAUCGAGCGACAUCUGGCUGGUCGACUCCGGGGCGACGCAGCACAUGACGUGCUCCAAGAAGUUCAUGCGGAACUACAAGGGGUUUGACGCUGUGGAUGUCCAUCUCGCGGAUGAUGGAAUCGUCCAAGCAAUCGGCAGUGGGGACAUUGUCAUGUCGAUGAAGACACCCCAAGGGAUGAAGAAAGGUGUGCUCACAAACGUGUGGCACAUCCCAAAGUUAUCCAGAAACCUGUUCUCGGUCGGCCGCUUCACCAAGGAUGUCGGCCCAGUGACGUUCACGAAGGAUGGGUGCUAUGGAGAAGCGAAAGGGACCAAGUGGAAAAUUGGUGCCCGUGAAGGUAAAGGACUGUUCAGGCUGCAAAUGACUCCAGUGGCGCCGGAACAAGCAAAUGCAGCCAAGUCGUCGGGAUGUCAAGGGGGCACCAAGUCGUACCUCUGGCACCUUCGGCUUGGCCACAUAGGUCACGAUGGACUCAAUUGCAUCGUGACGAAGAACAUUGGAAUUGGCAUCGACAUAUCUUCGGUGAAGAAGUGGGACGUGUGUGAAGGUUGUGCUCUGGGAAAACAGACUCGAGUGCGCUUCCAAUCAAACAAUACAGCUCGCACCUCCAAACUCCUCGAAGUGAUUCACAGCGACGUAUGCGGACCGAUGUCGAUGGCAACUUUCAGUGGAAAACGGUACUUCGUGACAUUCAUUGAUGACAAGUCAAGAUACUGUGUCGUCUAUCUGCUCAAGAGCAAAUUUGAAGUUGCGGCGAAGUUCAUGGAAUACGCUGCGAUGGCCGAAACGCAAACCGGAAAGCGCGUGAAGUACCUUCAAAGCGACAAUGGGGGUGAAUACAAGUCCGACAAGCUGGCACGAUUCUGCGCGGAACGGGGAAUACAACAAAGGUUCACACCCCCAUAUAUUCCUCAGCUAAACGGAGUAGCUGAGAGAAUGAAUCGCACGCUGGUCGAGUGUGCGCGUUGCAUGAUGGAACACGCUGGACUGGGAAAGAGCUACUGGGGUGAAGCAGUGAUGACGGCGAUGUUUCUUCGAAACCGCUGUCCAACACGUGCCAUUCACCAAGACAAGUCUCCAUAUCAAGUGUGGACGAUGAAGAAACCGAUUCUGGCCAACCUUAAAGUGUUUGGAUGCCACGCGUAUGUUCAAGUGCCUCAAGACAAACGCGCGAAGUUCGACUCCAAGUCAUCACUCUGUCGUUUCCUGGGAUACGCCGAACACCAGAAGUCAUAUCGAUUUGAGGAAGUGUCAACAGGAGCGAUCAAGAUCAGUCGCGAUGCCACAUUCAUGGAAGACAAGUUUGAUGAAGGUCCGCGCAACUACAACGAUGAGUCAAGUGUCGUUGAGUUUGAUGAUCAUGAUGAGGACGAAGAAAAAAAGAAGAAGAGCAACAUCAAGAGACACACGCGCACUCAAUCACUUGAGAAAGCUACCGUCAUUCCAAGUCCCAAGCGAAGAACAUACAGAGGUCCGUCGCUUGAGCAUGUGUCAGCGGCUGCAAUGGAUUUUGAAGCAGCCUACAUCGUUGAUUCAGCGGGGGAAAUGCCGACUACGUUCAAGUCGGCUAUGGAAUCAAGCGACUCCGGCAAGUGGAAAGAAGCGUGUGACUCGGAGUUCGAUUCGCUUCAGAGAAACGACACGUGGGAAAUCGUGCCUCUUCCGAAAGGUCGCAAGGCCAUCGGGUGCCGAUGGGUUUUUCGUGUAAAGGAGAAUCAAGAUGGCGAAGUUGAACGUUUCAAGGCAAGACUUGUGGCCAAAGGAUUCUCACAGAAAUUCGGAGUUGACUAUGAAGAAACUUUCGCACCGGUGGCCAAGUUCACAUCGAUUCGUGUGGUGCUCAGUAUGGCGGCUAAGUACGGCCUAAUGCUACAUCAGAUGGACGUCAAGACAGCGUUUCUUAACGGCUCCCUCAACGAAGACAUCUACAUGGACCAGCCGGACGGAUACCUGGAUGCAACACAGCCGGACUAUGUGUGCAAGCUAAAGAGAUCACUCUACGGCUUGAAGCAAUCGCCUCGCAUGUGGAACCAAACAAUCGAUGGGUUCAUGAUCAAGAUGGGAUUCAAGAAGUGCGAAUCGGACCACUGCAUCUACAUCAAGCGAGACGACCAAGACAUGAUUCUCGUGGUACUCUACGUCGAUGAUCUCAUCCUGGCCAGCAGCAACAACGAACUCCUCAAGUCAACCAAGAUGGCGCUGAGCAAACGCUUCGAAAUGACGGAUCUCGGUGAGCUCGAUUACUUUCUCGGCAUGGAGAUCAAGAACGACCGUAAGACGGGAAUGGUGACUGUACAACAAACCAAGUUUCUCAAGUCCGUGUUAACCAAGUUCGGAAUGGAUAACAGCAAGCCAGUGAAGACGCCUCAAGAUCCCGGCCUGAAGCUAACCAGGAACAUGUGUGAACAAGAAUGCAAGCACGAAGACACCAUGUGCAACGUGCCAUAUUGA